AUGCUAAGGGGGUUUGUUAAUGCAUACUGGCCGGUAAAAGCUGACCCAUAUCUACAACUAACCAGAUGUCUUUUUGUUUGUUCGAUUGGAAAUCCUGAACCUCAAUAUAAAGGUACCAAACACAAUGUUGGCCAUAGAGUAAUGGACCAAUUAAUUCACAAUUACUGGAAAGAUCACUUGUAUAAAGAAGGUAGCUACUAUUAUUCACGAAAGUAUCCCAAUCUUGUCCUUUUCAAAUCCGACUCUACUUUGAUGAACCUUCAGGGUAAAACAAUGUCCAAACACUUUCAACAAUUUCAUAAACAAUCGCGUUUGAUAGUACUUCAUGAUGAUUUGGAACGCGAUUUGGGAAAGUUUCAAGUUAGAAAACCAGGAACAAGUUCAAGGGGCCACAAUGGUCUUAAGUCCAUCGACGGAAUAUAUAAAGACAAAUAUUCGAAGAUUGCUAUAGGAAUAGGAAGACCCACAUCGAAAACUGUAACAAAUUACGUCUUGCUGAAGUUUGAUGCCAAGGAGCAGGAGGUUUUGGAUUUCGACGUAAUACCCAAAGUUGUCAAGGAAUUGGAGGAUAUAAUUGAAGAUGAUUUAGACUAUUUACGAAAGGAAAGAAAAGAAGUGAUGUCUCUGUAUGCUGGCGACAAGAGAGGGUAG